GAGAAUAAAAUAUGAAAAAGAUUUCUCUCUCUCGUAGCAACACGAACGAAGAGAGCGGAAUUCUUGUAGAAGUCCGGACAUGGCUGCUCUAGUGUCUCACACACGAGGACAUUCACUAGACAUACAUGUAAAAUCACCAGACCUGCAGGCGCGCGUCGGCGACAGGUGUCUCCUGCUGUACACAGGUGUGCUGUUCAGUCGGCCAGUGGUGGUCAGCGGCGCGCAUUCGUGCGUGCGUGCGUGCGUGCAUGCCUAGCGUGCGUGCAUGCUUGCGUGCAUGCGUGCGUGCUCCGUUCCGUUCCGUUCCGUGCCGUGCUAUUCGUGCCGCGAGAAAACUCACCUCCUCCUAUCUUUCGCGAGACGCGGGUUCCGUUCCGUUUCUUUCGCGGGCGAGGUGAGACUUUUCCCCGCGAGAAAGUUACGGGAAAAGAAAAACGCGGCCUGACGCCGCGUAUGUGUCGGAGCUGUGUGUGAAUAAUGACUCGGCCAAGGCGCAAAGUCAUCGACUCGGGAAUACCGAGGUGCUGAGGAGAAGUGAGUGAGACUCGUCUCUCUCUCUCGUUCUUUUUCUCCCUCGUUUUCUUUAUAAUAUCACGCCGUUUUCGGAUAAAAGCUGGAAUUUUUACACGCGCACGCCCAAUCGAUCGGAGAGGAUCAUGGAUCCGUGUUGCGGUGGGAUAUUAUGUUAAUCAUCUUUACGGUCACACACAGAAUGCGGGAGGAAGAGCUCGAGAUAUCACUCAAGGUGGUGAUAGUGGGCAACGGCGCCGUGGGGAAGUCGUCGAUGAUUCAAAGAUUCUGCAAAGGUACAUACACGAGGGACUAUAAGAAGACGAUCGGCGUAGACUUCCUGGAGCGUGAGAUCGAGGUCGACGGCGAGGAUGUAAGAUUAAUGCUGUGGGAUACCGCAGGACAGGAGGAAUUUGACGCUAUCACAGCGGCUUACUAUCGCGGCGCUCAUGCCUGUGUCCUCGCUUAUUCGGCCACCGACAGGGAUUCCUUCGAUGCUAUUCCGUCGUGGAAACUCAAAGUAGAAAAUGAAUGUGGAGAAAUUCCCACGGUCCUGGUGCAAAAUAAGAUCGACCUUGUGGAACAAUGCGUGGUUGAUCCGGACGAAGCUGACAGGCUCGGCCGCGCCUUAGGCUGCAAACUCUUACGGACGUCCGUGAAAGAGGAUAUCGGCGUGAUGAGCGUCUUCCGGCACUUGGCAUCGCGGUGUCUGCACGAGAUGCGUCGCUCCGACGACGACUAUCAGGACGACCUGAGAUUGUACUCUGCGGAACCGAGAUCGCCUUCCGUCAUUAGUGCGUUCAGUCCGGACGGAUCAAUGUGUGGCCGUAAUGCCGGUAAUGGAACGAUAAUCCUCCGACCGGGCGGUAAAACGAAGAGUCAUAAAAAACGAAAUUUCGUGAAGAAUGCUUGUAGACUCUUGUAGCUAUUUUCUCUAUAGUAUACGCACGUACGUAUAUGAUACAAUAUUACAUUGCGCUCACAAAAUAUCGCACGGAGGUGUAUACGUGAUAUGUGUGCCUUGUAAAUAUAUAUAGUUUAUUCUGGUAAGCGAAACAGGGAUGAGUGAUUUUACAGUGUCCAACAGUGCAAAAGCUCGUCAAAUUUUUAACUAAUGGCCUAUGGUAAAAGUUACAACUGUAAAGGAUACAUAGUAUGCAUAUCACAUUUGAUGGGAACUUCUUAAUUUAUAUGCGAUAGAAAUAAUUAUACUCAAAUGUUAACCAAAUAGUGUAGAUUACAAGAUACAGAAAAAAAAAA